AUGGAAGUGGAGCCAGCGGGGCCGGCCCCGCACAGCGCACACCGGGCACCUGCGGCCCGGGAACGGCGCUUCCGUGCCAACCCCGGCGGGCAGCGCUGGGCGGCGGAACGGAGCUCGGGGAACCCGCGCCGGGCCCGCCGGGGGCUCCGCGGCUCCAGAGGCACCGGGCGAGGCCGGGGGUCCCGCGGCGUCCCCGCCCCGCUCGGCUGCAGCGGGCGCAGGCGGCUCCGGCCCGGCCUCGGAGCCGCAGCCCGGCCCCGGCUGCCCCCACCGCCCCCCGCCCCGCCCGGCCCUGCUCACCGGCGGGUCCGGGCUCCCCGCAGCGCCCGAGCCGAGCCGAGCCGCCGCUCCGCCGGGCCCCGUCACCUGACCGGCCGGAAGCGCGGCCGGCGGAAGGGCCCGGCCCCCGCCCCACCGAGCGCCGCGGCUCCGCCAACCGGGCCGGGGGGGCCGCGGGCAGCGACAGCCGCCCGCCGGGCCCCUCCUCACCUCGGGCUCCUCCGGGGCGAACGGGCCGCGCUGCUCGGCCCCGCCGCGACCCCCGGCUCUGCGGGCGUGGGCGGCUCGGCUGCCCGGAGCGGUGCGGGCCGCGUCCAAACGGCGGCCGCGGGGACUGCGAGAGGUUCGUAG